CAUUGACUCCAAUCCAAUUGGUGGCGCUACUGUAAAACCCGAAAACUCGCCACUGGACUACGAGAGUAAAACAGUUCCUUUUCGAGUGGACGGCAUGGAAAAGUGGAUGGAGAGCACUCAAUGAGUGACAAAACAUCUCCGCUUAUAAAAUAACAGCUCGUGUUUGGGAGCAGUGGUCCAAAUCGCUCCAAACCUGUGGGAUCUCUGGGAUAUCUUGUGGUUUAACUUCAUCAUAACAACAUAAAGAGGCAAUCACAUAAAAACCUUCCUCAUGGCAAAUAAUGACAUUGCAGCAGUGGGGUCAAUACUUGUCAACCCCAAGCAGGACUUGACAACACGUUUUAGAGCGCUUUUUACUCUGCGUAAUCUUGGUGGACAAGAGGCCAUUAAAUGGAUCAGUGAGGCUUUUGUAGAUGAAUCUGCACUUCUGAAGCAUGAGCUGGCAUACUGCCUUGGCCAAAUGCGGGAUGAGCUAGCCAUUCCUAUUCUAGAGACAGUGCUGAAAGACACUAAUCAAGAGCCAAUGGUCAGACAUGAAGCAGGGGAAGCUUUGGGAGCCAUUGGAAAUCCAAAAGUCUUAGAUUUACUGAAGAAGUAUGCAGAAGAUCCAGUUAUCGAGGUGGCAGAGACGUGUCAACUGGCAGUCCGGAGGCUGGAGUGGCUGAUGAACGGUGGGGAUAAGACAGCAGAGAAAACAGAUGAAAACCCCUACUGCUCUGUGGACCCUGCACCCCCAGCCCCUAGAAAAUGUGUCACAGAACUGAGGAUGCAGCUCUUGGAUGAAAGCCUGCCCCUGUUUGAGCGCUACAGAGCUAUGUUUGCCUUGAGGAACCUUGGGACUGAGGAGGCUGUUCUUGCUUUGGGAGAUGGUCUUCAGUGCAGCAGUGCCUUAUUCCGUCAUGAGAUCGGUUAUGUCUUGGGCCAGAUCCAGCACGAGGCCAGUAUCCCCCAGCUACAGGCUGCUCUGGAAAAGGAGGAUGAGAACCCCAUGGUCAGGCAUGAGUGUGCCGAAGCACUGGGCUCCAUUGGGAAGGAGGCGUGCUUAAAGAUCUUAGAGCGCUACAGGAAAGACCAGGAGCGGGUGGUGAAGGAGAGCUGUGAGGUAGCACUGGACAUGCUGGAGUACGAGAACAACUCACAGUUCCAAUACGCAGAUGGACUUCUCAGACUGCAGGGCACUCAGUGAAAACUUUGACAGACAUUUCCCAAAAACAUGUUACUGUUACACGACAGGCUCAUGUAUAGAACUUGAGUGAAGACUGAGACAUUAAAUCACUGUUUGUUUUUGUACAACAGAAUGCUUUUUGAAAUAUUUACGAAGCAUUAAAGAAAUAGCUUACCCAAAAAUUUAAAUUCUGUCAUUUACUCAGCCACAUGUUGUUCCAGACAUGCAUGACUUUCUUCGUGGAACACAAUGUUAGUCUCAUUCUAACAUUCUGCCUAACAUCUUGUUUUGUGUAACAUGGAAGAAAGUAAGUUAUACUGUUUUGGAACAUCAUGAGGGUGAGUAAAUGAUGACAUGAUUUUAUUUCUGGGUGAGCUAUCCCUUUAGUCAGUACUACUUUGAAAAUCCAGUAUGAAAAAGAUCUGUACAUAAUAAAUGCAUUUCUUUGGCCACAUAACCUUA